UUCAGCACACGCCUCAUCUUCAGAGAUCAUCGAUGACCACGCCCCCUUAUUUUGGAGUCACCUGAAAGCGACACCGGAGACGUCCCACAGGCAACAGACGCAGCCGCACGCGUGGCUCACGUAUGGUAAGGCUUGAGCACAUCGCUGGAAUGACUAGGUGAACACAUCGUUUCUAAUUUCGUGAAAUGUUUUUGGUAUAUCAAGUCGUUUUUUUCUUCCUUGCUUGCGCUCCGUGUCCAACAUACACAUUGUGUUUUAAUCCAACUCUGGGAUGAAAAAGUUUAUCAACUUGUUUUUUCGAGGCUGACGUUUAUGGAUUGAGGAGUUGCCCAAAGUCUCAGCUGCCACACCUGGGCACUGCUCUUUGAUUUUCCGUGCCUUCGGGUUUGUCAGCACGUUGCAUUCCCUGCCGUUUUUGUGGCGGCUUCUCUUCUAAGUGCCUCGCGAAUGACCCUCUGGGACAUGAAAACCCGCUCGGACUCAAAGGAAGAAGAACUCUACUCGUUGUCUUUCGAAGCCCAGGAGCUUCGCGAGUACCAGGAUCUUCUCGCCGCUCUCAAAGAGAAAGAUGAAGAGCUGGUUUUAGCGGCCGGGUUGGGCAACGCUCUGCUAUCUGAGAACAGCCAGCUGAAGUGCGAGAAGGAGCGGCUGCAGGAGGAACACGCCGAGCGUCUGGAGGAGCUGCAGCAGGAUAAACAUGCUUUGCGAUUUGAGCUGGAGUGCAGACAAGCAGAAUGGGAAAGCCAAGUGUGUGAGCUAGAGAGAGAUGCUGCAGACCUGAAGCAGCAGGUGGAGAGGCUGACGCACAGGCUGCAAGAAGCAGAGCGGGACAAAAGGGAGGCAGAGCAAGAAAAGAUGGCGCAAAACCAGAAGUUUCAGGAGCAGAUUUGUGAGGCAAUGCAGAAUGAGAAGAUGCUCAACAAUGAGUUACUUGUCCUCAGAGAGCAGUUCAGAGAGAAGGCCUUUUCACUGCAAGAGGAGGAGGGUCUUGUACAUUCACUAAAAAAGGAGGUGCUGGUGUUGUCAGAGCAGAAAUGUACCUUGGAACAUCAAAUCAAAAAUGUCUGUGAGGAGAAUUCAUAUCUGCAGGCCAGUUUAAGCUCCUUACACAAGCAGAUUACAGAGCUGGAAGAAGGGAAUCGGGAACACAUGCGGCAGUUACAUGAGUGCCAGAACGCACUGGUAGAAUCCCGGAAUAUAAACCAGGAGCUGCAGGCACAACUGGAUGAGCUAAGAGAAGAGGCCUCAUUCCAUCUGGCCACCCACAGUGACACAUCUCUACAGUCCGAGAUCACGCUGAGUCUGGAGAGUGAAAAUGCAUCCUGGACACAGGAGGUAGAGCAGGUUACAAGACAGAUCGAAACAGUGAACAUGCAGCUCUUACCUCUAGUGAGGGGUGAAGACACGGACAUUUCAACAGAAUCGGGCACUUCUGGCAGUCUCCACUUAGCACUACAGCAUCUCUAUGAACUUGUGGAAAAACUUGUCAAAGGACACUCCCUGCAGGAUGAAGCAGAGGUGAAAGCUCCAGAAUGUGAAAGACUUCUACAACAGGCCAUCAGAGACCGGGAUGAAGCAAUUACAAAGAAAGUGGCUAUGGAAUCUGAAUUGUUCAGGUGCAAGAAUGACAUGAUGCUGCUGAAUAACCAGUUGCUGGAGGCUGUACAACGUAAACUGGAACUGUCCCAGGAACUGGAAGCUUGGCAGGAGGACAUUCAGAUCAUCAUCAACCAGCAGCUAAAGCAGCAACAACAAAAGGACAAAAAAAGACAAGACAAUGGCACAAGCACUAGCUUGCUGGGCUUCCUGCAGAAACCUGGCAGCCACUCUACUGAGAAGAACUUCUUCUCACGUUUUAGGACUUGAGGGGGGUCACAAGAACCCAAGGACUUGAGUGAAAUGGGCCAAAUUUUCAGUAAGGCUCGUUUUGAAGUCAGAGGAUGAGCAUUUACAGUUUGAAGAGGAAGUGUGUCCAAGGCCUGGAAAGGGGAUGAUGAUCAUGGUGCAAAAACAAAAAGCUGGGUACAUUGGAAGAACUGUAGACCUUCAUGGAGCUACGGGAUACAACAGAAAGAGACUGAGGUUGGUUAUGGAAGUACCCCAUGUUUAUCACCAGUUGCAAGACUGGAUGAUGGAGCAUUUCAACAAAAUAGAACUUGUAUUUGAAUGUGACUCAAACAAUGGUACCUAUGGUUCAAGAAUACUAUAUAUACCAACCAUUAGAAGAUAAACGAGGAGAUCUUUCAGUGUUAUUAGCUAAACUGUCACCAUGACUCAUGGAUUCAUGGUUAGCACAUGGCAGGGCUUCAGCUUUAACCACAUAACAAAAGGGCUCCCUGUUUUAAGAACUACUGGUUUGAAUGCACACUCCCCUUGUUUUAUUAGGUUGGACUCCAUGACUUAGCUGGAUGAGAUCUGAUGGAUUAAUCCUCAGUCUGCAUAUCUUCUGGUGUGUAAAGCUCUGAGAAAGUGCUUGGCAAGGCAGUGGGCUAAGGCUGUGGCAACAAAUCAUCAGGAUGACAUCCUCAGAUGAAAAUGUUUAAAGAACUGAUGAAGUGGCUGUGACAUGAAGAUGGCUGAUCUGCCACUUUACACUUUAAACACAAAACUGUUAACGGUGUCCAGGCACCUGUGCUGCACAUGGCAGUGGCCUCUCAUGAAGUGCAAGCUGAUGUUUGUGGUUUUUGUAGACUUUUUUUCUUUUUUUUUUACUGUGGAAAUCACACUAAAUCUGGAAUUAUAUUUACUGUCCUUAGAACUUAUUUAUUUUUUUAUUGUAAGCGCACAGGACAUGUUUGUAAAGGGGAUAAGGAUGGCUCGUUUAUAUACUGUACUUAGCCUGAUGUUCCCUUAUAUUUAAGAUUUAUUUAUUGUAACAAUUGCGCAUAUUCCUUGAAUGAGUAUAAUUUGAAUUUAAAGAAGUGCCUACAGUAGGAUACAUUUGUGUAAACUGGGGUAA